AUCUGACUCAUCCCUCUCGCUCAUCAUGCCGUCCAAGUGGAGGAAAUGUCGAGCCGUAAGAAAGGAAUACAACAAGAUAAUGAAUGAGCUAGGACUCGCGCCGCGUAAUGCUGGGCCUUCCUCGUCCAACAACGAAGGUGCAAGCUUCACCUCUGCAGACAGUUCUCGCGUAGAGCGACUUUCGCCUCUGAAGCCGGGAACCAGCAGACAAUCGCGAAGUUCACUUUCCACGGAUGACGGUGGUGAGCCUCCGUUCAAACGGUUGAACGAGCGGUCGAGUAGCGAAGCCUUUGUCGACGACGUCUGCAGACAAGAAGCUCCUUGUGUCGACGAAUUCCAAUCGGAGAGUGCGGGUACGUCCUCAUGUGAGCAAAGCGACUCUGAUAGCAGCUCAAGUGACAAAGGAGAUCCCCAAGGAAGCGAAUCGAGUGAUGAGUCAGAUGACUUUGUUGCUUCAGACAGCUGCACUGGGCCAGAUGAGGGAAUAGCCUUCACUUGUAGUCCAACGCUCACUCAUGUACUUUCUGAACAACUGUCGGCAAGUGAAGAGUUUGCUGUAAUUGCUUCCAAACAUAAUAUGACGCAUGCAUGCAUUAACGAUGUCCUCGAUUUCUGCCGGCGAAGAGGCAUCUCCGACCUUCCAAAAGAUGCUAGGACAGUUUUGAAAACUGAGCGCAAAGCACAGGUGGAGCAAAAUGGGUCAUUCGUGCACUUUGGUCUUGCAGAAGGAAUUCGUCAAGUGUUGCAGCCGGGGCAAGUAGUUCCAAGUGAACUGAAGCUACAGGGCAACAUUGACGGAGUCCCUCUUUACAAAAGUAGCCAGCUCGCCUUUUGGCCCAUUUUGUGCCGCAUAACAAAUGUGGAGGCAUCACCGCCAUUUGUUGUCAGUGUGUACUGUGGUGCAGGGAAGCCGCCAUGUCUGCAGGAUUAUCUAGAGCCAUUUUUGCAAGAGGUCUCCGACCUAAUCUCUGAGGGGAUAAGCAUAGGAGAUGUUCAUGUUCGGGUGAGCAUUGGAGCCAUGGUUUGCGAUGCUCCUGCAAGGAGCUAUGUCAAAUGUAUUGUUGGCCACACUGGCUAUUAUGCGUGCGAGCGAUGCAACCAAAAAGGGCAGCACCUUGAGAACAGGGUGACAUUUCCCAGACUUCAUGCAGCUGCACGGACGAAUGCAUCAUUUCGAUCUCAAGAGAACAAGCACCACCAUUCUGGUGUUUCACCAUUCCUUUCCCUUGACGUCGACAUGAUUGCAUUCUUCCCAUCUGAAUACAUGCAUCUCGUUUGCCUGGGAGUCAUGAGACGACUUUUAAGGAAUUGGGUAUGCCAAGGCCACAGUAACAGACUGAGCAGACUGUAUCGCAAUCAACUGAAUGAAAGCCUGCGAGAGGCAUCCAAGGCCUUUCCAACAUGUUUCCAGCGGAAACCAAGGGGUACAGAAGAGCUUGAUCGGUGGAAGGCAACAGAGUUUCGGACAUUCCUCCUUUAUGUGGGGCCUGUUGUCCUAAAGCCUCUUCUGCCUGCUUCUCAGUACAAGCAUUUUGUAAUGUUUCAUGUGGCGGUCAGAAUUUUAGCAUCGCCUCAGCACUACCGUGAGUACAAUGUUUUUGCCAAAGAUUUGCUAAGGUAUUUUGUUCAGGAGCUUAGUGAGCUAUACGGGAAAAAACAGCUCGUGUACAAUGUACACUCACUAAUUCAUCUUGCUGACCAGUGCCUAGACCAUGGCCCUUUAGAUGAGUUUAGUGCAUUCCCUUUCGAAAGCUACCUUGGACGAAUUAAAAAGUUGCUGCGAUCUUCCAACAAGCCACUUUCGCAGCUAAGUAGGAGAAUUUCUGAACUGAGGCACUCAUCCAGGAACCAAGUCAAGCAGAAACUGCAACAUGUGAAGCCUGGAGACUGCUUCCUGAUUGACAGUACUCCUGUGGUGGUUCUGGAGAUAAUGGCAGACCACUUCACGGGUGGGAUUUUGCCAAAUGCCAGGGACUUUUUCAAACUUCCACUGAAGUCGUCUCAGUUGAAUAUCUGGCGCUGCAAUACGUUGAGUAACGAGAGAAAGGUCUGGCAUCUUGAUGACCUUCGGAACACAGCUCGGUGCCUGAGGCUAAACUACAAGCAAGGACAUGUUAUUAUUCCUCUUUUGCACUUUCACUGAAGCUGUCAGUGGCCGUUGGGCUUGUAGUGACCCAAACUGCCUUAGUCAGCCGUCCAACUGCCACAUAGCAUGCCGUUCAAACACUUACGGCAAGCAUGCUGAUAGCUGUACAACCAGGACACAUUGCAUGUCAAUUCUCCAAGGUGCUACACCAGCUGUCAUUCACGCUUCUGCUGUGUUUUCACCGCAUCAGGCUCACACUGCCAUGCCUCUUCAGAAGUCACUGCUCACACUGGGGCGCAUCACAACCUCCAUGACUUAGUUACCGAGUGGCGCAGCAGAGCGUCUGAGCCAUCCAGUUCCCCUGCAUCACGGAUACCACCUGAGCCUGCACCUAGCUUUCUGAAACUUCAGUUGUGCCUUUGAUAUCUCCACUUUCUACGUGUUGAAGUGCACUUCAUCUGGAACAAGUUGCAGCACGGAAGACUAAACGGCCCUCUUCAGGGCCACCCAAACUAUAUGACUGGCAGGGACGUGGUAACUCCCAUCUCUGCCUUCGUACACCCUCUAGAAAAUUAGCAUGUGGUUACGUUUGUGUGUGUUUGAAU